AUGUCUAUACCUCCAUUCUUCCAUUCUUCCAUCAUUUCAUCCCAUCUCAUAACCGCCAAUACUAAACCAUACUUUCACCAACAUCCCAGACCAAGACAACUAAUAAACAUCACCUCCAGCGCAGAAGGAACAAGGAUGACCACCUCAUCCAAUCCAAAAACGUACACCUACACCCGCUACCCACCCGGCAUCUCCCCCUCCAUCCCACGCUUAGACACAGAGGAAGACGUCAAGAAGGCCGUGCUCGCCAACCCCGAAACCACCUUCGACGACACGGUCGACACCACCGGCGGCUGGUACCAGAAAGACAUGGAGGGGAAGGUGUUGGCCAUUGUGUCGGAUCAGAUGUGUGAGGAGCUGGAUGCGAGGCGGGAUCACGCUGAGGCGUGGGUGAAGGAGAAUGAGAGAAGGAAGGCGGCGGGGGAGCCGCCCUUGGAGCCUGUUUGUUGGAGGUAG